AUGCGCUCAUUGACCUACACGCGAGUUAUCGUCCGAGAAUAUUUUAUUAAUCCGGGCAUACGGGAACUAUUUCAUUCAAAUGUUGAAAACUCACAAAAUAAUGAUGAAAAUUCACAAAUAAAAACGUCCGAUCAAACCGUGAAGCAUAAAGAUGUCGUCUUGGACAUUGGUUAUGUUUUUGGGGAAGAUUCGAAUCAGACAUACGUCUCCGAAAGCGUUUGGUUAUCCGACGUUGAUCGAGGUGAGGAGGAGGUUGUGUUCCUGCUUUGUUGUGAUGACGUGGGUGUGCGUCCCGUGUUGCCUGAUUUGAACCAGUUGUUAGUAGAUGAGGUGGAACCAUAUUACGUCGCUCAAAGUUAUCCGCAACACGAAUACGGGACUUACCAUUCGUAUAAGGAAAACCAACAGAAGUUAGAGUACAAGGAAGGUGCUAAGGACUUUAAGGAAAAUGAUAACGAAGUCGAGGAAGGCGUAAUAUACUUCGAGAAAUGUGAUCACGACAAGGAGGAAGGUGUUGACGACGACAAAGGUGCUAAAGAGGAAGUGCUAAUGACCAGAAAACAAAAGAAAAGGCAUGACUUAACCGUCACUUACGUAUUUGGGUCUCUUGAAGAGUUGAAGAAUUGGGUUUGCAAAAGAGAAGUUGCGAAAGGUUACGUCAUUGUGACCCAACGAACGAUACAAAAGACGAAGGUUCAUCAGCAAGGACAACGAAGAUAUGGUUGCAAUGCGAUCGUGGAGGCGAACCCAAAAUUAAAGCAACAGUUCGGCGUUCUUGUAGCAAAAAGAAGAUCUGGACACAAAAACUUUAUAGGUGAAAGUGGAGUGAAUCCUGUUGUUAGACGUGGCGGUCAUGGUGGCAUUGGUGAUGGUGAAAGUGGCGGACACGGUGGUGGUCAUGGUGGCAUUGAUGGUGGUGACAGUGGUCGUCAUGGUGGCAGUGAUGAUUAUGGUGGUGGCAGUGGCAGUGAUGAUUAUGGUGGUGAAAGUGGUGGUCAUGGUGGCGGUGGUGGGGACAAGCCUCUUGAAGAGAUAUAA